AUGUCUUCACUAAUAACAGCUGUAUUUAAAGCCACUGUCGGCCUGUUGGUGAAUAAAGGAAGAGAUAAACUGGCAGAAAUGUUGAAUGAGGGUGAUGUUACUGAUCAGAAAUUCCGUGGCUUGAUCGUCCGUGAAAUCGAUGAAAUAAAAUCGAAGUUAGAUGGUUUGGCAAGAAAGGAUUUGAAGACAAGUAUCAGCCUUUUUAAAGAAGGAAUCGAGUUGUUGUAUGAAGUGUUUGAAAGUGCCAGACCCAGUAGCGAGCAUCGCACGAAAACAGCAGUUGCAACAGCUUGUGUUGAGGAAUUCGAUAUUGCUAAAGAAAUGAGGAAAUUGGAACUUUCUGCCUUGGAUGAGUCAGCCACGAGGAAGCUGGGCAGGGCGAAGAAGAAAUUUGAAUUAGCUCACCUUAGAGCGACGGAUGCUUUCAAUAAUGAAGCUUUGGAAUUGCCUGAUCGCCUGUUAGCUAUGCAAUAUCGACUGAUGGCGACAAUACUGGAGACGGUUGACAAUCCUUCCGACGCAUUAGCGGCUUGUAGAGUCUGCCUUGACGAGUUACACCAAGUGCCAGCUGUUAAAGAACAUUUCAAAGUUGAGUUGGAGGAAGGAUUGAGAUUGAGGGCUCGCUUUAAUAAAGACGAAAGAAGGCAAAUAAUUUUUUCUGUCUGUCACGCUAAUCGUGUGAUCUAUGAUCGGUCAGUAUAAAACACGGACUACGGACUGCGGACUACGGACUGCGGACUGAGUAUAAAAUAUGGACUAGGUAUAAAACGCGGACUGGAAAAUACGGACUGGGUAUAAAACACGGACUAGGUAUAAAACGCGGACUGCGGACUGCGGACUGCGGACUGGGUAUAAAAUACAGGCUACGGACUACUUUGGUAAAAACGGUGCUAAUUGGUUCUAGGUAAGGAAAAAUAAGAUCAAAAGAUCGCUAAAUAGCAAGACACGUGAGUUAAAGUUGUAAAUACUCCCAUGAAUUCUUGGUGGAGGUGUGUCGCCCGGUUCUCUGAAUCAUGAGCCAGAUCAAAAUGCUAUUUUCUUCACCCAUUUUUAGACCUUGUCUCGGUCUCUAACAAUGAUGAAAAGGUCAGGAUCAGGGGGGUACUCCCUUAUGUAAGGGAAGGGUAGGGGUUUUGGGCCUUUUUGGUCUGAAAACACUUUGCCCAUUUUGUUUUUCGAGGGAACUACGGGAGCAUAUAUGAAUGGACGUAUUUAUCGUUUCAAUUCCAAAUGAAUAAAAACGAAAUAGAAAUGUGCGAAUUUGAAAUGUAUUUGGAGAAUUUUUUGUUUUGUUUCCGCUCUAACUUGGUAAUGAUGACAUAAUUUCUGCCUAAUUAUACCUAACCUGUUCCAGGCUCCGAGAUAGUUGGGUCCGCUGAAUUGAGAAAGCGCGAACACGAAAAUAAAACGGGAAAAAACUGGGGAGUCUCCCCAACUAUCUGAGAACCUGGAACAGGCUAAAUUAGGCCAGGUCCGAAAAUGGGUAUGGAUUUUAGAGAUCUGUUCUGAAAAUGGGUGUGGAAAAUCACAUUUUUUGGUCUGCAAUAAGGUCAGGAUUCGGAGAACCGGGCACCACCCCCCACCAAGAAUUCCCAGUACUACCCCCUUCCGGGGAUCAGGAGCAGGGUGUAAAUCAUGUCAUCAUAAUCAUCGCUUGGAAUAUAACGUUGGAUGACUCAUUGCGGUUAUUAUUCACGUAUGUGAGUAAUCCCUCCCCCCUUGCCCUCCCCCCUAAAUACCGCUUUUGUGCAUCGCGGAAUGCCCUACAUUGACCUUCUCGUCUGAGUUCUUCAUUCAGUCCUCAUACGGAAUUGUGGUAUUCGAUAAGAAUUUUACUGAUCUGACUAACACCAAUACCAUUUUUUUAAUUCGGUGCUUCUUAUUGGUUUAAAACUGCAAAUUGAAAUCUCUACUCUUCUAACUCCUUCUUUUCAUAAAUUCAGAGUAAAAUUUCAGUUGCCUUGAGUACCGGCAUAACCUUCCUUCUCCGUGGGAAGAAUAGACUACGUGAACAGCCAAGGGAAUGUUAAAGCUGGGACUACUGUUUUUGCUAGUCCGCUUUCCAUUUCUCUCAGUUUUACCUUUCUAAAGCUGUUUUUAUUUACAUAGUCCGUAGUCCGCGUUUUAUACCCAGUCCGUGUUUUAUACUCAGUCCGGAGUCCGCGUUUUAUACCUAGUCCGUAUUUUAUACCCAGUCCGCAGUCCGUGGUCCGCAGUCCGCAGUCCGUGUUUUAUACUGACCGGAUCUAUGAUGUAAUGAGCAUGCUUGGUAGUGGAAAAAUGUGGACUUUGCCUGAUGUUGAAACCGGGAAAGAGAAAGUGGAUCCACUCCGCAACAAAAGAGUUGUUAAAAUACUGACAAAACAAGGUAAGGAGCACUGCUGUGUUACAACAUGGUCAUUCGGUCAGGAGGGUGAAGAGGAGCACAAGCUGAAGAACCCGUGUCGUAUUGCGACAAACGCCAAAGGAGAGUUCCUGAUAGCAGACAAUUGGGUUAAAACCGUGAAGGUGUUUGAUAGCAAUGGAAAGUUUGAUUUUAGGUUUAAUCCUCAAACUGAUGACCCCGAUACAAAGUCAGAUAUUUUGGAUGUCGCCACUGCAGGCGAGGACGACAUGAUUUAUCUUCUGGUCGACCUGAAGAAGCCUGGGCUGAGGAAUGAGAGAGGGAAGUGCAGGUUUUUAACAAGAGCGCUGACCUACAGCACAAGUUUCCUGUGAGGAGAGGGGACUGGGGCAACAGACUAACAGUGAGCAGCAGCAAACAACCCGGCAAAAUUCUGCUGUUGACAGAGGACGAUGUUCAUGUUCACCAGCCGACUGGCGAGUUCGUUUGUAGCUUUGGUGGAGGAGUGUUCAAGGAUGCAAGAGAUAUCACUGCUACUUGUGAUGGUCGCGUCAUGAUAGUGGACCGAUACGAUGACAGUGUGUACAUAUUUGAUGUGGAGGGACACCAGCUUGGCAAAUUUAAUAUCAAAUAUAAGGGAGAUGUCUAUCAUUGCAUUGCAUGUCACCCGGCAAGUGACUACGUUGUCCUUGCUGGUGGAAAACGAGGGGCAGACCGCCUGAGGCUGGCUAUAUACACUGUUAAUGGCGAAUUUCUUCGCAAA